AUGGUGGCAUCAAACAUAAUUGUUCAGCCACGCUUGAAGCCUCUUGUCUAUACCAAGAAUGACUUAAAUCGACAGUCAUUUCCUGCUCCAGUCAGAGCCACCACGACCACCUCUCCAGAACCACAAGCUAAGAAACGUAGUGAAUCUCCAGAUGGAAGAGAGGGGGGACGAGAAUCUAUAACUACGGCAUCGAUUCCAUUCUAUCGAUGGGAGGAUCAACCUUACAAUCGAAGAGGAUACAAAUAUAAACCAUGCAGUCACAAUCUGCUAUUCCCUGCCAACAUAUACUCCACAACAGACUUGAUGCCCUAUCAAGUGAGAGCAUCAUAUUUCGACCGAUCCAGUGGGAUAAUGCUAAGUUCUGAUGGCUCAAUGGUAACCACAGAACGAGGAUGGCGAUCUGCACGAGCAAAUGUGGGAAUACGAGAGGGUAGUUAUUACAUGGAGUUUAAUAUUGUACGUGCAAACGAAGGGAAAUCACAUAUAAGAUUCGGGCUUUCCCGGAAGGAAGCCAGUUUAGAGGCUCCUGUGGGGUAUGAUGCAUAUGGCUAUGGGUUACGAGAUAUUGAGGGUAUGAAAGUUCAUUUGAGUCGGCCCAGAGAAUUUUGUAAUGAGCUGUUUCGAAGCGGUGAUGUCAUCGGGGUAUUGGUGACAUUACCAAGUUUAAAAGACCAUAAAGAGUCUUUGAGCCAAUUCAUUGAGAAUUUGAAUCUGAAUAAUGGAGUAGGAGAUUCUCAAGCUCCGAAUCCCAAUAAGAAAGCUCUGAAUAAGCGACUGAAAAAGGCUAUCCAAAUUGACUCUACCAGGUUCAAUGUUCAUAAUAACAUAGUACGAGAUCAAAUCCCCAUUAAAUACAAAUCCAAGCUUUAUUAUGAGCAAUAUGAAUACACCCAGAUUCCUGAAAUGGAACAUCUUGUUACUCCAAUGAAGUUAGUGGGUGAAAAGGCCAUAAUUUUUCAGCAGCGAGAAGAUGAUGAUGAAGCUUCUUUAGAAAAUAAGCUUCCCAAAAUUCCACAUUCUUCAAUUAGAGUCUUCAAAAAUGGUAAGGAUAUGGGUAUAGCAUUUCAGAACUUGAUUUCGUUUCUUGCUACUGAUGAUAAUAAGUUCCAGAAUACCAAACAGAAUUCCAACCCAAGCUAUCAUAAUACCGAUGAUGGAACAUUAGGUUAUUAUCCAACCAUGUCAGUGUUUCAAAAUGGGAUAGUGGGAUUAAAUGCUGGACCUGAUUUCAAAUAUCCUCCGCUUGAAUUUGAAUAUGAAUACAAGCCAUUGUGUGAACGAUACGACGACCAUGUGAUCGAAGAAUGGUAUUGGGACAUUAUAGAUGAAAUUGAAGCUGAACAAUUGGAUGAGCUAGAGGACUUACAGAAAACGAAACUGCUCAAAGGCGAGAACAAAAAUAGUCGCCGCUGUCCUUACUGUAAUCCUCGGACAGAUGCUUCUUGUCUAGCCAUAAACCCUGCUUUGAGUGAGCUUAUUCUAGAUACAAGAUAUAUACAAGUACUUGGGGAUCAUUUCCAUUCAGAGGGAGACGUCGAAUCAUCUCUUACUGAAGAGCACAUCAAUGAUGUUGAUGAGGGUGAUAAUGAUGUACAAUAUGAUGAUUUGACUAUUUCAAUAUCUAAUGAUUACAGUUCUACGGUUGAUUUACGGGUGAACCAACGUUUUGAUAAUCCGGUAUUGGUACUGAAUAACUACAUUUUAUAUGGAAAGGUACUGUUUGAACUCAAGUCGUCGUCUGGAAAAGGGGUUGUAUCAAGCGCCUAUUUGCAAAGUGACGAUCUUGAUGAAAUCGAUAUUUUGGAGAUAGUAGGAAGUGAUCCUUUUACAUUUCAAUCCAAUUACUUUGUUAAGGGUAAUACCCUGAAUCACGAAAGAAGCGUUUAUCAUCGGGGACUUCUAAGAGAUGACUUCAAUCGCUAUAGUCUUGAGUGGACUCCAGGAGGUGUUAAAUGGUUUGUAAAUGACGUGUUGGUCAGAUCAGUUGAUAGAUUUACCGAUACAGACUUUGUUGCAAAGCAUGGACUCCCAUCUUCUCCAAUGGUUCUUAAGUUUAGCAUCUGGAUAGGAGGAGAUGAAGUCAAUAGUCCCGGUACCAUUGAGUGGGUUGGAGGACUAACUGACUAUUCGAAGGUCCCAUUUGCUAUGUCAGUUCGUAAUAUUCGUAUGGAGGAUUACUCCAAUGGAGUUUCAUAUAUGUAUGGGAAUAGCGAAGAUUCCUUGUGGACACAACUUCACAGUGUCGGAGGAACCAUUUGUGGAAGAAUGCCUGAACCAGAAAGGCAAAGAUUAUUACUGUACAUACCAGUAUCUGAACGACCAAAGAACUUGAUUAUGGCAGAUGCUAAGGGAGGUCAAUUUCGUCUAGUUCAAACGGAAGAGCAAUUUAUGAGCAAUGAUUGGGAGGAACAAGAAAAUAAUGAUAAUAAUGAUGGCGAAUGGAAUUCCAAAACUUACGAACUGGGAGCCAACUCGAUAGCACCUGGUUCCCUCAAGUUAUUUAUAGUGUUGGUUUGCUUUUACUGUAUGCAUUUGAAUCGGUGA